AUGAUGAUGAAAAUUCCUCACGAGAUUUGGGUACAUAACAUUUGGAUCUUUGUAUUGGACUGGAGCGAGAGUCCUCAACAAACCCGAUUUCAAUUCAGUUCCUUAUGCCGAGUCUGUAAAGCUUGGGCCCGAAGUUUGUUAUCCAUUGGUUCAUCAUCCUUGUCCUCUUGGGAUUUAAAUCAUGAUGUAAAUCAAGAUUGGAAUUGUAGCUAUUGGGCUGCGUUGAUUGCUUCUACUAUGAAUACUGAAUUAGCUUCAUCAUCAUCAUCAAAACGCUCAUCGGAAGCUUUGAACAACUUGUUGAAAGACUCUCCCGAUUGGAGAAUAUUAUAUUUGAAACGAACACUAUCCAUGAAGCCAGUAAAUGAAAUGGUCGUAACCAUUGCACCACAACAUUCAUUAGCAUUUGAUGGAAUCACUGGUUGUAAUUAUGUCAGCUAUGGACAAUCCUCGUUCUUUCAUUUUAAAGAACCUGCUGCUCCUACUGGUUUACUCUUACUCUUAAUGACUGAACAGAAAACGAAUGUAGGAGAAGAAUUGAUGAAUAUGUUUAAGGAAGAAGUGAGCCAACCAUUGGUGGAGCAACUGAAUGAGUUUAAUGAGAAUGUUUUUUCAUUAUGUCAAGCGAAAGAACUUGUGAACAUGUACAAGCAUACCAAUACGAUUGCUAUGGAGAAUUUUUAUCCAUCCAUUUAUCCAAAUCAAACACGUGAACAAGUGAUUGAAGAAUAUGAUCAAAAUUUUAUGAAAUUUAUCGUGCAAUGCAUUCGAAGGUGUGAAGAUAAUCUUGAAAGUGAGUUUGAUGAACAAGCUGUGCUGAAUGAAAACAUGGAUGGAACAGUUAAAAUGACGUUUGAGGAAUUUGAGGAGUUUGUCAAUGAGCAUUGCCCAUUAAUCAUUCAAUAUUCUGCAUGGUUUGACAUCAUUUAUUCAUAUGCGUUUGCAAUCUUUACAAAGAAUGGAAAAGGAUUUAUGUUUACGUUUUGUGCAGCUGAUUAA